GGUCCGCUGGGCUGGGCGAAGGCGUUACGGUAACGGACGGCGGGCAGGAGGGCAAGGUCCAGCAGUGCCUGGAGGACCGGCGGCACCCAGGCGAAAGAGCCGCCGGGGGCCCCCGUUAUUUCCAAGGCCCGCUGGCAGAGCUCGGCCAAGAAGAUGACCGAGAAAGCCAGGGGGCCUCCGUGGGCCGGGCCGGCCGAAGGAGCGGCGGCCGUUCUCGCCAUCGCCACGUGGGCCAUUCGCAGGCCGAUCCACACCAGCCAAAGCGCCAGAACCACUUGACACGCUGUUUCGGGGGUGGGGGGAGAGACAACCAGCAUAGCCAGGCAGCGGUGGGCUUGCUGGAGGAGGUCGGUCACCGUGAGCUGCCGAGGCGUGCUGGGGGGCCAGGCCCGGGAGGCGGAGGGAUCUCUGCAGACACCAUCAAUUCCUUAGGCCAGACACCUUUAUUCACAGCCUCUUUGCUUGGUCUGGGGAAGCUUGUUGACAUCCUCCUGGAUUACGGUUCGGACCCAAACCACCGCUGUUACGAUGGGAGCACUCCGGUCCACGCUGCAGCCUUCUCUGGUGACCAGUUGAUUCUCAGCAAAUUGCUGGAUGCUGGUGGAGACCUUAGAGUCCAUGAUAAAAAUGGGAAGAACCCACAAAGCUGGGCUGUGGAAGCUGGAAAGGAAGUCGCUUCUCAGAUGCUGGAGUUUAUCCAGCGCUGCACGGCGCACAUGCAGGCUGCAAUUCUGAGCGACUCCUUUGAUCUGCUUAGGAAGGUGGACUCCCCCAGAACCCUGGUCUGUGGCCAGUCAAAGUUUGGAGGCAUCAGUCAAGGGACAGCCGAUAGCCCCCUAAGAAGGCUCCUGAGACGCGGGAACAGCCCGACCCCAAACAUCUACAGCUUCGGCUAUGGAAAGUUCUACCUCACGGCCAGCAAACAGCUGGGCUACCUCGCAUCGCUACCCAUCAUUACGGAGAAUGAACUGGUUCAGGCGGAUGACGAACCAACCUUCUCUUUCCCUGUUGGGCCAUACAUGAUCCUGACCAACCUGAUGUGGCGCGGGAGCCAGGUCACGGUGAAGGAGAUGAACACGAAGCCCCACCAGCACUGCAGCAAGCUGCGUUUCUCUGACCUGAUCCUGGCCGAGCAGGAGCACAGCAGCAAACUCCGGCACCCUCAUUUGCUCCAGCUGAUGGCCGUCUGCUUGUCCAGUGACUUGGUGACAACCCGACUAGUGUUUGAAAGGGUUAACUUUGGCUCGCUGUACAGCAUCCUUCACGAGAGGCGCUCGGAGUUCGUGUUGGUGCGCAUGGAGACGAUUGUGCACCUGCUGCUCCAGGUGAGCGACGCCUUGCGGUUCCUGCACUCGUGCGGCUUUGUCCACCGCACGCUCAGCUCCUACGCCGUGGUCAUCGUUUUGGCCGGGGAGGCGAAGCUGACUAACCUGGAGUACAUGAUCGAAAGCAAAGACGGGGGAGAGCACAGUGACCUGACGCGGGUGCCAAUCCCUUCCCAGCUAUACAACUGGUGUGCUCCUGAAGUCAUCCUCGAGAAGGGGGCAACAGCCAGAUCCGACAUCUACAGCUUCUGUACCGUGAUGCAGGAGGUCCUCACAGAGACCAUUCCCUGGGACGGACUCGAAGGGUCUCGUGUGAAGGACCUCAUCGUUUCCGGCCAGUGGUUGGAAGCCGAUAGCAGGCUGCCCAAACUCUAUUACGACAUUGUGAAGACCGGCCUGGAGCCCAGACCAAAGCAACGCACCAUGAAUCUACAGGAUAUCCGCUACCUCUUGAAGACGGAUUUCCAGGAUUUGGUGGGGACCCUCAGGAAGCGCCCCGGUGAGCAUACCGGCUCCCCGAAAGAGGAAGCCCCUCCUGACAUAAAGGUCUGCGUGCUGUCCGCCUCGGCGGUCUCGCGCCAGGAGCCGGACCGGCAAGACGACGAAGUCAGGAGCUUCACUGCCUCCAGGUAUGCCGCUUCUCAUUCCGAACCCAAAGCGCUCGCCACCCAUCAGGCCGAGCCUUUCGUUCGCAUGGCAGAGUCGAUCCCACUUCUGGAAGCAGCUGACGAAGCCCAGGGCGACACCAGUGACACGAACGACAGCCUUUUCAGCUUUGAGAUCAACGAAAUCUACACCUGCUACCCAGAAAUGGGCGGGGAGAGUGGAGAGGAGGAGGAAGCAGGAGAGGCCUGGAAGGAGGUGGCCGCGCCAGGUCACGGAGCCGAGGCCCGCAGGGAAUCUCAAACCGCUCCGGGGGACAGAGCCCAAACCCCAUCGCCGCAGCCCAGAGAAACCUGGAGCCAGCAGACAAACUGCUACGAGGAAGGUCUCUCCUCUGGCACUGAAGCAGAGUCCAGCAGGGAGGAGGUGAGCCACACACCCGAGGGCCACCUGACGGACCAGGAAGCGAGGGAGGCCGGCCACAGAGGCGGGAUCGUCCAGACCUCCUUCGACCAGACCUACGGGAAGUGCGUCCUCGCGAUGACCAUCUGCCAGAAGAAAGUGCAGGAGGUGAUCGACUCCCUCUGUAGGACGGAAAAGAUGCUGGACAAGGCGGAGGCCAGGAGACGACUGCACCAGCCUCUCCUGGGGAGCCAGGAGGAGCAGCCUCGCCUCUCUGGUUCCCUCCGGGAUCACUCGGUGAAGGUGGACGCCAUCCUGAGAAAUAUCAGCGUGCCCUACAGUGGAGCCAGAGCCCGCCUGUGGAAGGCGGUCGGGCCCCCAACGCUGAACUACAUCCCUCCACCGCUGCGCAUCCCGGGCACCUACCAGCCUCUGGUUUUUCCUUCUUUCCAAGCCGCAGAAAACGAGAGCCAGAAUAACAGCAGGAGCCGAGGCGUCCCGUACUGGAGCGAUUGCAGGCCGGAAGCCCCCAGAAGCCCCCAAAACAGAGGCGCAGAGCCAAACUAUCAGCUUUUGCACCCGGGCGUGUCCAUCAGGAGGAGGAAGAGCCCCGCCACCCAGCCGCAUCGAGGGAGCCCCACCGCAGACGAAGGGUUCUCUUCGAAGUCAGCGCCGGAAGUUUAUGAGUCAGAUUUGAGAAGCGAGGAAAGGAGGAUGGUGCAGGCAGAAUGGAUGAUGGAAGUGAAGGACAUGGCCAAGAAAACGGCUUCCGGUGAGCUUGGUUUCCCCCCUCCCACUGGAUGGACCUCAUCGGAGAGUGAAACAGAGGGCCCCCGAGAGACGUUCGAAAGCGCUGCCCGUGAGGAGCCCGGCUGGUCCUACCAGAGCGACUCUGAGGCAGGAAGGCCGCCGGAUGGGGGCCAGAUGCUGACCUGUGGCGAUGAAGAACGGAGCGACCCAGGGACGGAGCCAACGAGGUUCUUGGGCCCCCUGCACCAGAGCAAAAGCAGCCAGUUUCCAGCCGCUGAGACGCCAACCAUGCGUGGCGUAACUUCACGCAAGAGCGUCUCCGUUUCUACCAGCACAGCUGAGGAUCUGUGUAAGGGACAGCAGGAGAAGCUGGCCCCUUCCCCGUGUUCCUCUCUGAAUGAAUCUGAGGAGUUUCUGACGCCCGACUCGGAGUUUUUUUUAGACUCCUCGGCACCUCACGAACCAUCCGGACUAGCGAGUACCACUCUCGGAGAAGAAGAAGAAGAAGAAGACGACCUAGAGAGGACACAGUUGUUGUGGAGUCAAGAGGAAGACUUGGAAAUGUCCCACAAAGGCCGUGGGAAGAACGAGCAUCCCACGGAUACUUUGAAAGGAGAGAAGCUGCUCCCCCAGGACGGAGGGGCACAACCUCACCACCCAGAAGGCCCAGGACGAGAUGUGUUUAUGCCUGCAGCCAGCAUCCAGACGAGGCAGAGCGCACAGCCGGGCCAGGUUCUGGGAGAGUUCCAAGAGAGCGACGAGUCGACGGUUGACAUUCAGGACUUGUCGAGCAUCCCCUGUGAGGACUCUUGCAAGCCACCGGCUCCUAAAACUCCCAAGAACACUCAUUCACCAACCGAUGCCAGCACCCCCAUUAGCCCAGCCUCCUCGCCAAGGUUUUCCUCAAAGGUCAAAAAAUACAAGGGUUACUGUGUGAUGACGUUCGACCCCACCUCAUGGGCCGGUCCGGACAGCUUCUCCUUGGGACCAAGGACCCCUCCUGCAGCCUGCGAGAAAGGGAAGAAACGGGACUCUCCCUCUCCGGGGUGUGGUGAACGCACCUUCUGCUCAAAACUCCGUGUCCAGUUGACCCGCCAGAAAGCUCGCCAAGAACUCAGGGGAAAAAUGCCUUCCACUCAGCAGACCAGUCUUGAGAAAGGAGUCGCAGUAGGUCCUGAGGAAGGCGAUUUGGAAGAACAAGAAGAUGAAGAAAUCGCCCCGAACAAGUGUCGGGCUGAUGGCAGCCUCUGCGUCGACGAGGCUUCCUGUCUAGGAGACGAGACGGAAAGAGCUCAUUCAAGCCUUGACAACGUUUUGGAAGGCAUCCUCGGGCCGGUGGCCGACAGCUGUGACCUUCGGGAAAAACUGCCGGACCCUGUCAAGAGGCGGCAGAGCUACGCAGAUCUCAGGAACAUCGAGAUGAAGAAGGGUGGAGCCGAAGACAGCUUCAGCGAAUCCGAAGGUUCAGCGGCGGAAGCCGACGGUCUUUCUUGAGCAAUAAACGGCAGGUGGUUGUGCUCUGCUGCUUAACAGCGUGUCGUUCUGUGUUCCUCAGAGGCUGAGUCUGAAAAACAACGAGGAUUGGGUUUAAAAUCACCCACCUGACCUUUGGGGAAAUCCAAGUUUAUGCACCCGUAACCCAGUUUAUAUCUUUGACACAACGUUAGACCACGAUUGAGCAGUACGGUCCAUUCCAGGUGCCCAAAGAAGGCUUCACACUGGUGUUUUGAAAACAAGGGCCCCAUAGGUUGUAAUACAAGGUUUAUUGUGGUUAAAGUUAUAAAUGCCUUGCCUGGAUGUGAUUUCCCCCAGCAAAGCUUUAAACUGGAGGUUUGUUCCUUCUUCAGCUAGAGAUCCAGAGGGCCGGAACACCAGUCCACGGAAGGAGAGACCGUCCCUGGGGGCCCAGGAGCUGUGGGCGUCUGAGAUCGAACAACCCUAAAUAACCCCUUUAUGACACGGGAGCAUUCAGGUCCCCCAGAAGAGCAAUUAGGCUCUCCUGAUUGAUCAACGCUGCUGUAACGACUCUGCUGGCAGCAAAGGGUCCGGAAUCUGCGCCCUGCAGCCUCUCUUGAUUUCAAGACCUCCAGGCAAAAGACUCAGCACAGUUUCUGUUAGAUCAGUGGUUCCCAACCUCGGGUCAACCUGGUGUUCUCAGCUUGCAACUCCCAGAAGCCUUCAGCCCCAGCCGGGUUGGCCAGGGGUUUUGGGAGUUGCAGUCCAAGAACAUCGGAGUGAUCUGAGGUUAGGAAACCUCUGCGGGAGAUGAUGAGUGUGGCAGAUCUGUAACCUGACCUGGGGGAAAUUGCAGAGAAAGGGACUGGAAGGGGAAGCAAGGGAGGAAAUGUCCCUGUCUAGUCCCUCUGACCUAGGCAGGGUCGGAGGGAGGAGAUGAGGGGCCACGAUGCUGCGCUCCAGAUGUGGGUUUCGGGGGUCCAAUAGUGGUGGGAGGGCGUGAGGCUCCCAUUGAGCCUCCUUGAGAGGGGCAGGACCCUAUGAUCUAUAUAGGGCCCUUUCCUCCUCUCAAGUUCUAAGAUGAUGUUGAAAUGUGUGGCACACCUGCGGUUAUCUGAGGUUGCGGGAACCAAGAAAGCGAAUGUCACAAGCAGGCGGGUGCUGCUGUACGCUUGUAGUGAGGAAGGACAGCAAGCUCUCGAAGAGAAGGACAGGAUCCAGGAGCGGGUAGAUAGCGAGGUGUGUUCAUUCACCAUUUCCGAUCUUCCUCUUAAGUAACUUUGAAUAAGCUGGUAAAACACCUUUAGGUUUCACCCCCAGAACAGAGUGUGAACAGCUUUGCCCCGAUCGAUCUCAGUGUGUCGAUAUAAAAUGUUAAACCCUGUUUCCCCCCCCCCAAUGCUCCGGGAGUAAUUGCCCUGGAUCAGAGCAGCGUUCCUCCAUAACCCAUGGCAAUGGCUAAUAAAGUUUUGUUGCAUUA